AUGGCUUCAAGAUGGAAAUCAAAUUCCUCAAUGUCAUCAUCGACAUUGGAGGAGGACAACAUUGCAACUGAACAAGACCCAUUACUUUCCAUUCAAAACCGAUUGGAAAAUCGUCAUAACGCUGUGAACAGUGCCUGUGGCUCUUCUUAUCGACAAGAUGAUCUAAACACAUCUCGCAAAACUCGUUGUGCUACCAUUGUAUCACACUUGCGACAUUUCAAGCAAAAACACAGAGAAUUUCUGGCUGAAUUCAUAGGUACCAUGAUUCUCAUCUUGUUAACGUGUGGCAUAUCUGCCGAAGAAACGCUUCAGAUAGGACCUAACAAGUCCUGGCUGACCUCUUCACUUGGAUCAGGUCUCGCCGUGCUUGUUGCUGUUUGUGUAUCGGGCCAUGUUUCUGGUGCUCACAUCAACCCUGCUGUCACUAUCACGUUUUGCCUCUUUAGUGGGUUUCCCGUUAGAAAAGUGCCCACCUACCUCGCCGCUCAAUUCAUGGGCGCCUUUGCAGGCGCUGCUUUGUUAUAUACCAUCAUUGAACCCGCCAUCACACAAUUUGAUCACGGCCAGCGUCAUAUUCUAGGUGAAUUAGGCACUGCCGGUAUCUUUGGUACAUACCCUCCAUUGUAUGUUGGCAUUGCUUCAGCUGCUGCCUCUGAGAUUAUCGGUACCGCAUUGCUGUUGCUUGUCAUCAUGACCUCAGGACAUCCCAACAACCUGCCAUUUCGCACUGCUCAGGGCAUCAUGAUUUCAGUGGGCGUAAUGACAAUUUGCCUAGGUUUAGGUUAUACAUCCGGUUUCUCGUUGAAUCCUGCUCGUGAUUUAGGUCCUCGCUUAUUUACUGCUGUUGCUGGCUGGGGGUUUGAGGUGUUUAGCGUACAUCAUUUCUAUGCAUUUGUGCCCAUGCUGGCUCCUAUCUUUGGUGCUGCUCUGGGAGGGCUCAUUUAUACCAUCUUUAUUGAUUAG